GAUGAAGGUUAUAUAUGCUGGAGCAGGACAGGUGAUAUGGAUUUUCAGUUAUGGCUCUGUACAGAGUGAUCUGCGCACUGACUCUGCUGACUCUCCUGACCCCAGAAUCUCACUCACAGCUCAGCGACUGUGGUCAGCCUCCGCUCAACACCAGGAUUGUUGGGGGACAGGUGGCCCCCGUAGGCAGCUGGCCCUGGCAGGUCAGUCUGCACUCCUCUGGGAGUCACUUCUGUGGAGGAUCCCUCAUCAACAACAACUGGGUGCUGACGGCAGCUCACUGCGUAUCAAGCAUAAGAAACGUGGUUGUGUACCUGGGACGCCAGAGUCAAGAGGGAGUCAACAACAAUGAGGUGUCUCGGACGGUAGCAGAGUUCAUCGUUCAUCCCAACUACGUAGCACGUACGAGUGACAACGACAUCGCCCUCCUGAGGCUCUCCUCGCCCGUGACUUUCACCAACUUCAUCCUGCCCGUCUGCCUGGCAGCCUCCGGCAGCACCUUCUACAACGGCACUGACACCUGGGUCACCGGCUGGGGCACCAUUGGAAGUGGAGUGCCGCUUCCUUCACCACAAAACCUGAUGGAGGUGGAGGUGCCAGUUGUGGGGAACAGACAGUGUAACUGUGACUAUGGAGUGGGCACAAUCACUGACAACAUGAUGUGUGCCGGGUUACGAGCUGGAGGGAAGGACUCCUGUCAGGGCGACUCAGGCGGUCCGCUGGUGAGCAAGCAGGGUGGUCGCUGGAUCCAGGCGGGAAUCGUGAGUUUUGGAAUCGGCUGUGCUCAGCCUAAUUUCCCAGGAGUCUACGCCAGAGUGUCUCGGUAUCAGAGCUGGAUCGAAAGCAAUAUCAACAGCAACCAGCCGGGCUUCAUCACCUUCACAUCAACCGGGAUUGACGGGGACCUGAGCGUCACCUGUGCAGGCCUGCCGCCACCUCCAACCACCAUCCCUCCAACCACCACCAUGCCUCCAACAACCACACCCGAGCCUGUGGUCUGUGGCCAAGCCCCGCUGAAUUCACGCAUCCUGAAUGCAAGCUUAGUGGCGACGGCUGGUGUGUGGCCGUGGAUGGCGAGCCUACAGAAGAAUGGAAGUCAUGUGUGUGGUGGGACUCUGGUUUCCGUGGACUCUGUGCUGAGCAGCGCCAACUGCUUCUCAAGUUCACCCACGCCGUCUGAAUGGACCGUCGUGUUGGGCCGUUUGAAACAAAAUGGAUCAAAUCCCUUUGAGGUGACACUGAAUGUGAGAAAUAUCACACUGAGCAACCUCACUGGGUCCAAUGUGGCAGUGCUGCAUCUGGCAACCUCCCCCAACCUGACCAGCUACGUCCGGCCCAUCUGCCUGGACACGGGACGAACCUUCAGCGUGGGCACCACGUGCUGGGCUGCCGGCUGGAGCGCCGGCCGAGGAGGGGUGGAAGGAGUUCUGCAGGAGUUCCGGACCACGGUGUUAGACUGUGGGAACGCGUCGACAGCUGAGAGCAUUUGUACGGAGGAUUUUACCCUGGAGCAGGGUGACUCUGGCGGCCCGCUGAUGUGUAAGCAGGACGGCUCUUGGUUCCAGGCGGCGGUGUUAUCAGCUGACACCAACUCCACCAGUCAAACACGAGCAAGUACAGUGAAGGUCUUCACCAAACUGAGCCGCUUCGUUGGCUUCUUGAUUCAGACACUGGGCACGCUGUUAUCUCCAGGCUCCACCGCCACCACCACCAACAGCACCAACACCAACAACAGCACCAACACCACAACUGCCACCCCCCUGACCACCAGCGGGGUCGCUGUCACUCACCCUCCCCCCUUCUUCUUCCUCUUCCAUCUCCUCAUCCUCUCUGUGUGUCUCCAGCUUUUCUUGCCGGUCAGACCUCCGUAUCCUGAUCAGAUGCCCAAACCACCUCAGCUGAUUCCUUCUGAUGUGACGGAGCAGGACGGUCGGAGGAGAGUCGGAGACUUCAUGGCUCUGUACAGAGUGAUCGGUGUGCUGACUCUGCUGACUCUCCUGACACCAGAGUCUCAUGCACAGCUGGAUGUGUGCGGUCGGCCUCUGUUGAACACCAGGAUUGUGGGAGGAGCGGAGGCCCCUCCAGGUAACUGGCCCUGGCAGGCCAGUCUGCACAGAUCUGGGAUUCACAUCUGUGGAGGAUCCCUCAUUAACAAUGAAUGGGUGCUGACUGCUACCAGCUGCUUAAUCACCGGCACAAACAAUCUGGUUGUGUACCUCGGGCGCCAGAGUCAAGAGGGAUCCAACCCCAAUGAGGUGAAUCGGACCGUGACGGUUGUCAUCAAUCAUCCCAGCUACAACCCCAGUACUGGUAACAACGACCUCUCCCUCCUGAGGCUCUCCUCACCUGUGAAUUUCACCAACUUCAUCCUGCCCGUCUGCCUGGCAGCCUCAGGCAGCACCUUCCACAACGGCACUAGCACCUGGAUCACCGGCUGGGGAGACAUCGCAUUAGGAGUGCCUCUUCCUUCCCCACGAAACCUAACAGAGGUGGAGGUGCCGGUCGUGGGGAACGGACAGUGUAGCUGUGACUAUGGAGUGGGCUUAAUCACAGACAACAUGAUGUGUACCGGGUUGCGAGCUGGAGGGAGGGGCCCCUGCCAUGGCGAUGGAGGCGGUCCGCUGGUGAGCAAGCAGAACGGGACCUGGAUCCAGGCGGGAAUCGUGAGUUUUGGAAUAGGUUGUGCCCAGUCGAAUUUCCCAACAGUCUACACCAGAGUGUCCCAGUAUCAGAGCUGGAUCAGCAGUCAUAUCAGCAGCAACCAGCCGGGCUUCGUCACCUACAUCUCCCCUGGGGUUAACAGCGACCUCAUCCUCGCCUGUCCCAUCCUGAUACCCCCUCCAACCCUCCCUCCAGCACCUGCAGCAGAAAUCUGUGGUCUGCCUCCGCUCAACACCAGGAUCGUUGGAGGACAGGAGGCUCCAACGGGCAGCUGGCCCUGGCAGGCCGGGCUCUACAGAUUUGGGGUGUUCCUCUGUGGAGGAUCCCUCAUUAACGAUGAGUGGGUGCUGACCGCUGCUCACUGUGUGCGCAGCAACGCCACAACUGGUCUGGUUGUGUUUCUGGGUACCCAGAGUAUUUCAGUGUUAACCGCCAAUGAGCAGGCUCGGGCGGUAACACAGAUCAUCAUUCAUCCCAACUACAUUGCCCGGACUGGUGACAACGACAUCGCCCUCCUGAAGCUCUCCUCACCUGUGAAUUUCACCAACUUCAUCCUGCCCGUCUGCCUGGCAGCCUCCGGCAGCACCUUCUACAACGGCACAGACACCUGGGUCACCGGCUGGGGCACCAUUGAGUUUGGAGUGCUCCCUCCUCCCCCAUUCACCCUCAGGGAGGUGGAGGUGCCAGUUGUGGGGAACAGACAGUGUAACUGUGACUAUGGAGUGGGCGCAAUCACUGACAACAUGAUGUGUGCCGGGUUACGAGCUGGAGGGAAGGACUCCUGUCAGGGCGACUCAGGCGGUCCGCUGGUGCGCAAGCAGGGUGGUCGCUGGAUCCAGGCGGGAAUCGUGAGUUCUGGAAGUGAAUGUGGUAAGCCUAAUUUCCCAGGAGUGUAUACCCGAGUGUCCCAGUACCAGUCCUGGAUCAGCAGCCAUAUCAACAGCAACCAGCCGGGCUUCAUCAGCUUCAGGUCCAAUGGGACUGAUGGAGACCUGAGUGUCAGCUGUCCAGGCCUGCCGUCGCUCACAACCACCCCCUCUACAGCCAACCCGUCAGCCAACUCCUCUACAACCACGGCCCCAGCAUCCACACCCAGACCUGUGGUCUGUGGCCAAGCCCCGCUGAAUUCACGCAUCCUGAAUGCAAGCUCAGUGGCGACGGCUGGUGUGUGGCCGUGGAUGGCCAGCCUACAGAAGAAUGGAAGUCAUGUGUGUGGUGGGACUCUGGUUUCCAUGAACUCUGUGCUGAGCAGCGCCAACUGCUUCUCAAGUUCACCCACGUCGUCUGAAUGGACCGUCGUCUUGGGCCGUUUGAAACAAAAUGGAUCAAAUCCCUUUGAGGUGACACUGAAUGUGAGAAAUAUCACUCUGAGCAACCUCACUGGGUCCAAUGUGGCAGUGCUGCAUCUGGCAACCUCCCCCACCCUGACCAGCUACGUCCAGCCCAUCUGCCUGGACACGGGACGAACCUUCAGCGUGGGCACCACGUGCUGGGCUGCCGGCUGGAGCGCCGGCCGAGGAGGGGUGGAAGGAGUUCUGCAGGAGUUCCGGACCACGGUGUUAGACUGUGGGAACGCGUCGACAGCUGAGAGCAUUUGUACGGAGGAUUUUACCCUGGAGCAGGGUGACUCUGGCGGCCCGCUGAUGUGUAAGCAGGACGGCUCUUGGUUCCAGGCGGCGGUGUUAUCAGCUGACACCAACUCCACCAGUCAAACACGAGCAAGUACAGUGAAGGUCUUCACCAAACUGAGCCGCUUCGUUGGCUUCUUGAUUCAGACACUGGGCACGCUGUUAUCUCCAGCCUCUAACGGGACCACCAGCGGGGUCGCUGUCACUCACCCUCCCCCCUUCUUCUUCCUCUUCCAUCUCCUCGUCCUCUCUGUGUGUCUCCAGCUCUUCUUAUAGACACCUCCAACUUUAUCUGUACAUUGUGAUUUACAAAGCUGCAUUAACUAAUCUGUGAUUUGAUUCUGCUUCCAUAGUUGAGCACGAGCAGCAGAGUUGUGAAGUUAGUCCUUCAGUGUAUAUUUUCCUUCUAGUUUCCUGAAAUCCUGUUGGAGCUUUGAAUUUAGACAUUUCUCCAGUGUGAACUCACUACAGAUUCAAAACCUGAUUCGAAUGAAGGAUGUGUGUAAAUGGGACACAGCUGUUUGAAGUAAAGUCUCCUGAAGUAAAGGAGACAAACUGAGGAAGGUGAACAUGAUUAUAGAUGAUGAGCUGAUUAUCCAGGAGACUCCUGUGUUUCUGUUCACAGGAACAUUGGUUUUUUGGUUUAAAGGAAACUUUAAAAUGUAGAUUGACUUUGAAGGGCAGUAACCUCCAGCCCACUUCACUACUCUGUUACAGCAAUAAUUCAUGACUUGUCCUUUCUGUCUUUGACACAGAGACAAAAAGCAAUAAUCCAGUCUCUGUCCUCACAAGUUUGACUUUCUUUAUGUCCAAAGACGAGAUCCUGGACUCUAAAUGCUUCCAGUCUUAAAUGAAGGGUGUAAAAUAUGGGUGUACAAUGAAGAACUGUUUAAGCUGCACAGAACAGAUGUUGGUAUAUGUAGCCUGUACAUGUGUGUUUACUCUAAUACACAGCCUUCAUUUAUAGAGCUGCACUUGCAAAGCACCAAGGAAGACAGCAGCUACAUAAACUCCUGCUGUAGUUAAAACUAAUGCACUCCGAUACAACUGUCCUGUAAUAAAAGGUUUCAGGGUUCA